GUCCUUCCUGCCAGCAUAUAGAUUCCCUCCUUUUCCAUCCCCCACAAAAACCACCGGGAAAAAGUUCCAACUCAAAAACAAAUUAAAACUAACCGUCUGACAUUCAAUCUUUUCCCCUGUUUUUUCCCUCACCCCCUUCUCAACCUCUUUCUUCCAUAGUUCCAUUCCUCACAUGCUCCUGUUCCCAUUUGACCCCUCCUUUCUCUUCCCUUCUCUCUCAACCACUAUUUUUUAAUCCCUCACUAACCUCGGUUUGCUGAACUACUCCAUCUCCAAACAAAAGGAGCAGGUGUAUUCACACCUCUUUUCUCUCUCUCUCUCUUUCUUCUUUAGAUGACCGUCUCUUUUUCUCUCAUGCUUCUCUCAUACAAUCAUGACCAUGCUCAUCCUUCUCUACACCACCAUCUUCAUCCCUCUCUUCUUCCAUUUGUCUCUUGCUUUGAAUUCUGAUGGUACUCUUCUCCUCUCCUUAAAGUACUCCAUUCUUUCUGACCCUCUUUCCGUUCUUGCCGACUGGAACUACGACGACAUCACUCCAUGCGCUUGGAAUGGUGUUAUGUGCAUGGGUUUCCCUGUUCAAGAUGGUAAUACCACCACUGAGUCUCGUGUUAUCAGCUUGGUUUUGCCUAAUGUUCAGCUUCUUGGCUCCAUUCCUCCUGAUCUUGGCCUUAUUGAGCAUCUUCGUCACGUUGAUCUUUCUAAGAAUUUGCUCAAUGGUACUCUUCCGGCGAGCCUUUUCAAUGCGUCGGAGCUUCGGGUUGUCUCGUUGUCUAACAAUGAGAUUUCCGGCGAGAUCCCUGGUGGUGAGAAUGUGUCUAUGCCGAGCUUGCAAAUGCUCAAUCUUUCUGAUAAUGCGCUCACCGGAAAGCUCCCCGGGAACUUGUCGGUGUUUCCGAAUUUAACUGUGCUUUCGCUGGCGAACAAUUAUUUGUGUGGAGCGAUCCCGGAACGAGGGUUUGAUCGGCUUGCUGUGCUGGAUCUGAGCUCUAAUCUUAUUAAUGGAACUUUGCCGGCGGGGUUCGCCGGAGGUGAUGGGGUUCGGUACUUGAAUUUGUCGUAUAACAGGUUGAUGGGUGAGAUUCCGAAGGGUUUUGGGUCGGGGUUGGUGGAGAACGCGACGGUGGAUCUUUCUUUUAAUAAUCUCACCGGCGAGAUUCCGGUCGCCGGGGUUUUGGCUUCGCAGAAGGCGGCGGCGUUUGCUGGGAAUCCGGGGUUGUGUGGGGCGCCAUUGAAGGAGCUUUGUCCUAUUCCUUCGAGUUUGACGAAGCCGCCGCCGAAUGGGAGCACGACGGGGACGUCGACGUCUCCUCCGGCGUUCGCGGCGAUACCGAAGACUCCGCAAGGGGGGACAGCGGCGGCUGCGGCGGGUGGAGGUGGGGGAGAUGGUGGGCUCCGGCCGGCGGUGAUCGCCGCCAUUACGGCUGGAGAUUUGGUUGGGAUAGGGCUCUUGCUCGUUGUGUUUCUCUAUGUAUACCAUUCCAAGAAGCAGAAGCAAUCCCAACAAGGAUCAAUGUCCAAAAAUCUCACGAACGAGAUCCCAGCUUCAAGAGAAACAAGAGGUUUCCCAUGGUGCUGGAGAAGCAGGGGUGGCGAAGAAAGCGAGGAGACGUCGGAAGAGACAACAAGCUCCGACGAAACCGAAGCUGAAGAACAGGACAAAGCCGUAACCGGGAAAUCAUCAUCAUCAUCGAUAGCAAACGCGGCGACGCUGGUGAUGGUCGACGGCGAGAUGGAGCUAGAGCUGGAGAAUUUGCUCAAGGCCUCAGCUUACAUCCUUGGUGCCACCGGCGCCAGCAUCGUCUACAAGGCUGUGCUAGCAGACGGCACAGCGCUGGCCGUCCGCCGGAUCGGCGAGCGAAGCUCCGCCGAGAAGCUCAAAGACUUCGAAGCCCAAGUCCGCAGCAUCGCCAAGCACCGCCACGCUAACCUCCUCCGUCUCCGUGGCUUCUACUGGGGUGCCGAUGAGAAGCUCCUCAUCCAUGACUACGCCUCCAAUGGCAGUCUCGCCAACAUCACAUUCACUAAGAAACUCGGCUCAUCACCGUAUAAUCUCUCAUUCGAUGCUCGGUUGAGGAUCACCAGAGGUCUUGCAAGAGGUUUAUCGUAUCUUCAUGAAAAGAAAUACGUUCAUGGGAAUGUCAAGCCGAGCAAUGUCUUGCUCAGCAGUGAUUUAGAGCCUAUGCUGGGGGACUUUGGCAUUGAUCGUCUGUUAUAUGGUGACUAUGCUAACAAAGGUGGCGGCUCGGCGAGGCAUUUUGGUAGCAAGCGUUCGACGUUGUCUCAAAGUAGCCUACCUGAUGUUUCCCCGGUGGCCGGGGCUAGUCCUAGUCCUACUAGUUCCUCCAGUGUAUUGCUUUCCCAAUUGCCUUAUCAGGCUCCGGAGUAUCUCAAGAAUCUGAAGCCAAGUCCUAAAUGGGAUGUAUACUCCUUUGGUGUUAUCCUUCUUGAGCUCAUCUCUGGCCGGUUGUUUUCCGAUGCAGAGCUGAGUGAAUGGAAUGCUGGUUUCAUCGUCGAAGAGCGAAACCGAGUUCUUCGAAUGGUCGACUCGACAUUGCGUGGUGAAGUUCAAGGUAAAGAAGAAGCUGUCCUCAGUUUGUUGAAGCUUGGGUUUGCCUGUGCUUCAGCUUCUCCUCAAAAAAGGCCUUCUAUGAAGGAUGCACUUCAAAUCCUUGACAAAAUUCCAUCAAAUUCUUCCUCUUCUACUUCUUCAACAAUCUGAAGCAUGAUCUAGAUGUGUGUCUGUAUGUUUUAUUUUUAUU